AUGCUUUGCAUUUAUUUGAAGUAUUGGCUGUAUGAUCAAUUAAUAGAAAGACAAGUAAAUCAAGAUGAUUUUACAAGUUUUUUUAAUCAUUGGAAUAAGCAGAAAAAUGAAAAAUGCUCUGAUUGUGAAUGUGAAUUUCCUAUUAAAGAAUUUUCUGAAAUUAUACAGAUAAAAAGCAUUUAUGAUGUUUUCCUUUUUUGGGAUUCAUAUAAUGACAAAAAUAAAAUGAACAAAGUAAUAUCUAACAUGGAAUAUUGUAAAUAUAUUGAUGAAUCAAAAAUUCUAUAUGAUUUAUAUAAGGUGAUGUGUAAGAGUGAUAAUAAUUCAUUAUUGUGUAAAGAAUUUAAUAAUUACAUUAUUCCACAUUUAAAAAUAGAUGAUAAUUUCAAUAUUAUAUGCAAAAUGGAAGAAGAAUUGGAUCGUAAUAAUUUGCAUGGUAUUAAAUUAUAUUGUUAUAACUUACAAAAUCAGAAUUUAAAGCCUAGUUAUGAACAAAGUUCAAAGAGUGUUACUCAUGAUUUAGCUCCUGAUUCUACAAAUGAUGGUAAGUCAACUGGAAUUAUAAUUUCAUCUUUGUCUGUUGGAACAGUUGGAUUUUUAUUUCUACUAUACAAGGUAAAUAGAAGAAAUAUUUAUAAAUAUGAAUAUUAUAGAGUGUUUGUUCUAAAUUAG